CAGGAUAAAAGCACGGGAUGAGUGUUGCAGAUGUGACCUAUACGGGGCGGAAAGGAAACAGCAUCAGAAGUGCUCGCUCGCUCGGACACGGAGCGUGUUUGUCGCUCGCGUCGCUCCGCGAGGCAUGGCAGUGGAGUCGCUGGCGGAAGGGCGCGAGGAACGGAACGAACAGGAAGCGUCUGUUUCGCGAGCGGAUUCUUGCUCCGCGAUUACUCUUCCGCGCGCAGCCACAGCCGCGAGGAAGCGCCCGAGGAGAGCAGAGGGAACGUCCCCGAACGCGCACUCACCAACAAGGCAAGUUUUCUCCUGCUGAGAAGAACACGCCGGGGUCGGCCAGGGCAAUGUCGGUGCCCUCGGCCCAAGAAUUCCACUGGCAGAGCUUGGCCCGCCUGUCCAGCAGCCGUGUCUACCACUCGCUGGCUGAGGUCGGGGGUCAGCUCUACAUGCUGGGGGGAUGUGAUGCGGCAGGAAGACCCACCAGCUACCUGGAGCGCUACUCACCGGAGGUAGACCAGUGGGUCAGCCUAUCCCCAAUGCCCACUGCCAGAGCCGGAGCCGCAGUAGUCGUCUUAGGCAAGCAGCUUCUGGUGGUGGGAGGCGUGGGGAAGCAACAGCGCCCCCUGAAGGCUGUGGAGGUGUACAACACAGAGGAGGGCAAGUGGAGGAAGAGGUGCUCAUUGAGGGAGGAACUGAUGGGACUUGCCAUCACUGUUAAAGAUGGCAGAGUUUUUGCUGUUGGGGGAAUGGGACCAGACCUCAUGCCCAGAAGUGUUCUACAGCAAUACGACCUUCGCAAGGACGUCUGGGCCCUCCUGCCCCCAAUGCCCACACCUCGCUAUGAUACCAGCAUCUGCCUUCAGGGAACGAAGAUAUAUGUAGCAGGCGGGCGUCAGUGUAAGCGCACUGUGAAAGCCUUGGAAGUCUUUGACAUGGAUAGCCGUGCCUGGUCGUCCUUACCCAGUCUGCCCUGCAAAAGGUCCUACUCCGGAGUGCUGUGGGACAGCAUGGGGCGCCUCUGCUGGCUGGGAGGACUCCGUCAAGGAGGCACCCACCAGAGCUCGAAGUUUACCAGGAACGUUAACAUCUUCGAUCCCAACCAGGGAUCUUGGCUGGGGUCUGAAGACACCAUCUCCAUGAAGACCAAGCGUGCAGAUUUUGCAGCGGCCAUAGUGCGGGGACGGAUGGUUGUAGCAGGGGGACUAGGUCAUCAGCCCUCUGUGCUGGACACUGCUGAGGCGUUCCAUCCUGAGAAAAGGAAGUGGGAGUGCCUGGCUCCUAUGGCAACACCCCGCUGCUCCGCCUCCACCAUUGUGAUCCGUGAUCGCCUGUUGGUGGUGGGAGGUGUCAAUCAAGUCCCAAGCUCUGCCCAUGAGAUUCUUUAUGUGAAGGAAGAGGAAAAUCUUUAGCUAUUCCCGUCUGUAGCCUGAGAAGAGUUGCCUUCAGUGAGCCGUUAGAGUGCUAAACAAGCUUGCCUGUUUUAGAGUAUUUCACAUGCUAUAUUUGUCAAUAGGAAAUGAUAACAUCACCCAGAAGGGUCUUGUUCUACCUGUUAAAUAACAAAGCACAAAGUCUCGUGGGGACAUUGUUUUCUGUGCCAAAUCAUAGCUGUAGUCUAUCUUACGCAGCACACGCAGGAAAAGACUGCACGCUCACGGCAGACUAUACCCUCUGCCUCAUGACAACAUACUGAAUACUGUAGAUGUAGGCAAAGCAUGUGAGGUUUUUAGAAGAGGCAUACAUGUAUUUUCAUGAGUUCUUCUGUGGUCGACUACUGUUCCCCAGAAAGUGUCUUCAGAGGUGUUUGCAGGGUAUUUUUGUAGCUUUACACUAAAUUGUCAGGUUGCCACUGCUCUCGAUUCUAGUCGAACUACGGUCUGGAGUAUUUCAGCAAAGUGACAUUGUUUUCUCACAAAGUGACUUUUGUAGCCAGAAUAAGUGCCCAGUCGAGGCAUCUUAACUCCUUCUUCUUCAUCAGCUGUGUGUGUGCCUGCAGCGUGUUAAAGUGUGUUGUAAUGAAAUGUGCAUUUGCUCCACAGGACGUGAUUAUCGGACUGUUCCACACUUUUCUCGUCAUCUCGUGAAAUAUGUCUGUUUGAUUCACACAAUAUGUCUAAGGAAUGCCUGUGCCAAGUAAUUUAUAUUAAAUCGUUAUGUAACGAUGUAAAUGUUGAUGG